AUGGCACUUGUGCUUAAAUAAUUAGGUGGAUUCAGUAGAUUGAAUGCUCAAUGCCCAACUUAUAAAUAUAUUUGUGCUGGUCUGAGUGGUGGAUCAUUGCUAUAUGCAUUUUAUGCUCAAGUUCAAAAAUAAUGGAGAGAAUAGGAAAUUAAUUUCAGAAAGGAAUAACUCAAGAAACCUAUAUAUGAGCUCAGAGACGAAGAGCUCGUUAGUCCACCAUGGAAUAGUUCGAAUUUAAAUGAGUGGUUAUACAGAAGAGUAAGAGUAAAGGGAAGACCUCUCCAUUACUUAUAAAUGAUGGUGCCUAGAACCGAAUUUUAGAAGCCAGGAUAUGAAUGCGUGGUUCCAUUUGUCACAAAGGAGAAUGAAGAUUAAUCAGUAUAAGAAGGGCUUCUUGUAUCUUUAGGAUUUGUGCCUUAUGAAUAUAAGGAAGUAACAGACAGACACAAAUUGGAAGAUGCUUCAGUGUAAUCAUUUGAUUGUUUCUUAUCCCAAUUGCCAGAGUUACAAGACAAUUCAUUUGGAAAUGUGGCUAAUCGCAGGAAUUCAUAGUGGUAUUAUGCAGAUCUCCAAUUAAUGGCAUAAUUUACAGGAUUCAAGAAUGCAGACAAGAUCGGCAAGGUUGUUUUGGAGAAAGCCAAUUUCAACACUCCUUUGGAUGAGAGAAAUAUGAGAACUUAUGAUUUGGAUGCUGAUCAUCACUUGGAUUACCCAUAUUUGAAGAGCAAUUCUGGUAUUUUAUAUCAUAAAAACCAUAUGCCAUGGGAUUGGUAGAGAGCCAAAUAAUAAGCAUUGGGCUCAACUGUAGUCUUUGGUGCAUUUGGUGCAUUAUUACAUUUAGCAAAAUGAAAUCUAUAUUAAUAAGAUAAAGAUUAAUAU